CUGAGCCAGAGUGGAAGGUGGAUCUGUGUGGUGCGAGUGGCACAUUAAGUGGCGAAUUAAAAAAAGAAUUGCUGAUACUAUCAACAGAAAAUGUUAAUAUUAACAGUGAAUGUUGAUAUCAAUAGUAAAUGUCUACAGCGAAAGUGAAUGUUGACAAACUGUGUAUGAUGGUGACAGCAGUUAAUGAUGCUCAUUCUGAAAGUAAGUCAAGUUAAUACCAUCAGUGAACUGUCAUAAUAUGAAAAUGCUAAUAACAUCAGUAGUGAAUGAUGAUAAUGCUGUCAAUGAAUGACGAUAUCGACAGUGAAUGAUAAUACCUAGAGUGGACUAAGGACAUACCAACAGUAAGUGAUGGAAAUAACAGUGAGUGAUGGAAACACCAACGGUGAAUGAUGGUUAUACCAACAGUGAAGGAUGGUAAUACCAACAGUGAAAGAUGGUAAUACCAACAGUGAAAGUUGGUAUUACCAACAGUGAUUAAUAAUACAGUGAUUAAUGAAAAUAUCAAAAGUGAAUUCUAGUGUCAACGAUGGAUGAAAAUUCCAACAGUAAAUGAUAAUACCGAAAAUGAAGGAAUAUAAUACAAAGAGUGAAUGAUGUUAAUGCCAUUAGUGAAUAAUUAAAAUACCAACAGUGAAUUAUAUUACCAACAGUAAAUUAUUUUAAUACCAACAGUGAAUGAUGGUAAUACCAACAGUGAACGAUGGUACUACCAACAGUGAACCAUGGUACUACCAACAGUGAACCAUGGUACUACCAACAGUGAACCAUGGUACUACCAACAGUGAACCAUGGUACUACCAACUGUGAACCAUGGUACUACCAACAGUAAGUGAUAAUACAAAAAACGACAACUAAAACGGCUUAGUGAUCAUUCAGUAUUUAACAAAACUAACACUCGUGUAAGUACAUACAGUCUAAAAAAAAAAAAAUACUGUGACAGCACAAGUGUAAACUAGUCUGAGUGGCUACACCUCCCACUCAACCCACUGCUACUACCUACCUUGCUUAAAAGUUCCUCUCCUACGAGGGAUAAUAAAUUCGGAUAAAGGAAAAGGAGGCUACAUGAGCUUCAAUAAAAAUAAAUCACAUUAUUUGAAACAUCAGAAGCCGUUCACAGGUGUUGGGAGGUUGCAGUGGGUGAACUACCUGGCUAUUUAUCCACGACUUAAUCUGACAGUUAGAGCGAUUUUAGGUAUCAAUCCACCACUGAAUCUGGGAGUUAGAGCGAUUUUAGCCCUCUAUCCGCGAAGAGAAUCCGGAUAAGGAAACAUUACGACAUUCAUUUCGAAGAAAAUUCUCGAAUAUAGGACGUUUUUGAAUAGAUAAAGUUUUAUAAGGAGUAUUAAAAAGGCAUUAACAGGUGGAGGUUAAGUGGAAGACAAGCACAGAGGAAGACAUUACGGAAGGUUAGAGGCAUAAAAUCCCGGACUGGAGAGCAUUAGCGCCGGAUAAUGAGAUAGCAGGUCGCAUAAGGCGGCAUUACCACCGACAAAACAGAGAUCCGGCGAGAAAAUCGUCCAGCUGCUGACGAUGGGAUCGGGUGCACUGUCAGCGCCGCUGGGGAAGGUGGCGCUGCUGACGCUGCUGACUGUGCUGACUCGGCUGGGGGUCGCUGAAGCGAUAGUGGGCGGCUCUCAUGGACUUCAGGAAAAGGGCGUCCCUCCGCUGGCCCAUGGACUGGUUGAAGGUCCCCUGACGGAGGUACGGGCGGUGGUGGGCGGAGAAGCACUGCUACCUUGUGACGUGACAGAGUCUGGAGACUCCCCUAUAUUGGUCCUCUUCUACAAUGGUGUCACAGGUCGACCUGUCUACAGCAUCGACUCGCGAAGUGGUCCUCUAGACAGCUCCGUGCACUGGUCUGGUCUGGGCGACAGGGCCAACUUCGACCUGACCUCUAAGAUACAGAGUCUGGUCAUCAGUCCCGUCGAGGCGCAAGAUGAAGGGGAUUACCGCUGCAGAGUCGACUUUAGGUCCUCCCCCACCAGGAACCUGAAGGUGAAGCUGGAAGUUAUAGUGCCGCCACGGAAGGUCAGCAUCAUAAACUCUGCGGGGUUGGAGGUCAGUGGAGUGAUUGGCCCUUACCCUGUCGGUGGAGGCUUGGUGCUUACAUGUCAGGUCCUAGGAGGUCGACCUCCUCCUCGAGUGACCUGGUGGCACGAUGGCUUGCUUCUCGAUGACCUGAGUGAGAAAAACUCGAGCGAAGUCAUCCAGAACAUCCUCACCUUGCCUGCCCUCACCCGCCAACACUUGUACCAGGUCAUAACUUGCCAGGCAGCUAACUCUAACAUGAGCAAACCCCUGUACACGUCAGUCACCCUCGACAUGAGCUUCCCGCCGCUCGAGGUGAGCAUCAUGGGCAGCAGCACUCCCAUGUCCGAGGGUCAAUCCUACACCCUGGUGUGCGAGGCUGGUGGAUCCCGACCUCCUGCCACGCUUUCCUGGUGGAUGGAUGGUACUCUCAUGACUACUGCUGAUGACCAGGUGGUAAAGGAAGGGAACAUCAGCAGGACGACUCUUCACCUCACACCAACAAGAAACAACGACGGGGCAAUUGUGUCGUGCAGAUCAGAAAACCCAGAGCUUCCCGGUGCUGCUAUGGAGGACAUUAUCAAACUCACUGUCCACUACUCGCCCAAACUGCACCUGAGAGCCGGCCAGAACCUGGUCAUGACCAACAUCAAAGAAGGAGACGAUGUGUACUUCGAGUGCGUCAUCCAGGCCAACCCACCGGUCCAGACGGUGCAGUGGUUCUUGCAGGGUGAAGAGCUGCAACACAACGUGUCUGCUGGUGUGAUCCUGACCAACCAGAGCUUGGUGUUGCAGUGUGUUGGACGUCGUUCCUCCGGUCUCUACACCUGCACAGCCACCAACCCUCACGGUUCUGCUACUUCACAGGGCAUCCAGCUUAGUGUCAAGUUCUCCCCAGUUUGUUCAGAAGACCAGAAGUGGACUUACGGUACCGCCCGUGGUCAGCAGGUCGACGUUAGCUGUCGCGUCGACGCCCACCCAGAGGCACACUCCUUCCGCUGGGCCUUCAACACCUCCACGGAGCUGGUUCACAUCCCCAAGAACCGCACGCACUUCCACCGCAACCGCAGCCUGAUGGCCUACACACCCACCACUCACCACGACUUCGGCACACUGCUCUGCUGGGCAGUGAACGAAGUGGGACCACAACCACAGCCCUGUGUCUACCUGGUAGUCCCUGCAGCUGUACCAGAACCUGUGCACAACUGCAGUGUGUGGCACAAUGCCAGUGCUGCCGGGGAGGUGGUGGUGUCUUGCGAGGCUGGCUGGAGCGGUGGUCUAACACAGACCUUUACACUGGAAGUACGUCAGAUGAAGUGGUCUGGUGAGGCAGGUGUGGUGGUGGCAUCGCUGGAGCAGCAGCAAGACAGCCGACCGCACUUUACUGUCACAGGUCUGGCUCCUGGGACAGAGUACCAGCUGUCAGUAGGAGCGUCGAACUCCCAGGGAGCAGCGCCCGUUACCGUCCUGCUCCACCACACGCCCAUAGAUGUGGCCGAGAAGCGCACCAGCGCUGCUGCCGCCGAGUCUUUCGGCGUUGAUCUCAACCUGUUGACGGUGGCGCCGAUUGUAGCGGUGGUUGCGGGUGCUGUGGCUUCACUGGUAUUGUGCUCAGUGGUGUUGGCGCUGGUGAUACGAAGCCGCCUCGGCCGAAGCCAGAACUACCCUCGCAACCUGGCUUACAGCCAGCCGGGGACUGUGUACGACAAAGCGGCGCCCCACGCCAAGAGCUGUGAUGACGGAGGCUUCGACAGGCUCCAGCAAGGACCUGACCUCAUCCUGGUGAAAGGAGGACGAGAGGAAGGAGCGCAGCGAUCAGUCAAGAGUGUCACACCAGCUGCUGGCACCAUGAUGCUUGAGCGCCAGGUGGAGUGCCCAGAGCCUCUUAGUCAGGAGCGAGCCGGACUCACCACCUCCGGCAACAUUAUCAACCUUGCCAGAGGCACCACCGUCAACACUGCUCCAGGAGCCAUCGUUAAUCCUAACUCAGGCGCCGUCGAUACGUCUGGCUCUGGUGGCUUCCAUCAUCCUAGCUCAGGCGCCGUCGUUAGUUCUAGCUCAUUCGCCAUGAUAGAUCCCAAAAGCGGAGGGGUCGUUAUGAACCCAGGCUCCAGCACCCUAAUAAACUCAUCAGGCCGCGAAAUCAUGGACCCCAGCGGCGCCAUGCUGGAGUACAGUGGCGUGGGCGGUCUGAGCGGCUUUACAGCGGUGAGCAGCUCUGCCAUCAUGCACUCCGGAGAGCCGAUGGAGGACCAACUAUCUCGUCCGGUGUCCAUGGCGUCACCGGUAACAAUGGGCCGGUACCAGGGGCGAGUAGGGCGUUCGGCCUCCUGCACUGGCCGGGGUAGUCCCUUCAUCUCCUCCAACUCCUCCACCAUCCCUCGCCGCUCCUCCACCGUGGACCUCCACCCUGAGUUCUUCCCUGUUGAUCUGAGUACCAGCAGGGAGAGCUGCGUCUAGUCUACCACUGAAGAAUAAAUUAGUGGUCAGGAUGAUCCUGGGCCAGUGACAAGCUAAAUCCACACGACAGUGAUGGGCUUAAUCCAGAGGUUGUGGAUCAAAUCCAGAAGCUUGUGUGGGCUAAAUACAGAGGUUUGUGUGGGCCAGAUCCACAGGCUAGUGUGGGCCAAAUCCAGAGAGCGGCUUGUGUGGGCCAAAUCCAGAGGCUGGUGUGGGCCAAAUCCAGAGGCUUGUGUGGGCCAAAUCCAGAGGCUUGUGUGGGCCAGAUCCAGAGGCUUGUGUGUGCCAGAUCCAGAGGAAAGUGCCGGAGAUAUCCAAUGAGAGGUAAGGAAUCAAAUCAUCAAACGGGUGACAAACCAAACCCCGAAACAGAUGACAGACAAAGAAAUUGACAUACGACGCAUCGAAUUCCGAGGUGCGUGACGAGCCCAUUUCUGAGACAAACGAUGUACAAAAUCCAGGUGGCUGACCGGGGGCAGAUGGAAAAAAAACUGGCUCAGGUGAAACGUGUACAGCAAUGAAAAUUUUCUUCCUGUUCUGAGACUGACUCAUUGUGUAGGAAAAGGAAGAGUUUUCUGCACCUCAGCUCAGAAAAUUAUCUCAGCUGAGAUGACCAUUUCCAUAUAUUCGUCACUUGAAUUUUGCUGAAGGAAAUAUUAUAUUGGCAAAUAGGAAAUUCGCUUUACGUUACAGUUGAGCUGAACGCCACAAUAGUGUUAUUAUUAAAUCCAAUGGGAAGCGCUAAAUCCGAUGGAGUCACAGUACGCCGCCUGGAAAAGGGGAGGUAACGAGGUUUGAGUCAAAGAAAGUGUAAUUCAAGAUCCUUCACUAGCAUUCAACGCUUCUUCCGUAAAAGGGAGUAAGAUAAGUAGUAGCUAUUUAUGUACUUAAGUGAAGAACAAGAGUAGAACUACCGAUGUUCCAGCGAUGAACUGAUACAUAAAAACCUUCACAUGGCUCAAAAGUCCGAAAGAAAUAUAUGGCCUCGAUGUUCAGUUAGUCAUCCAACUGUUCAGAGUGUUAAGAGGCGCUAAUGUUCACGUGUUCCAAAGAUCCACAUUGUCUAGAUGUCGUCCUCGUCCAUCAGUGACCUUGGGGGCCCCCUAGCCCAGAUGUUUACCUUAAGUCGCUUACAUGAUCCACAUGUUAACAUACGAAAUAAAUGAGAACUUAAAC